AUGCUUCUUCGGCGUCCGCUUCUAGCGGCGCGUAUGCCGCGAUCUUUCGUGCCCGUGCUUGCUUCUCCCACCCGAUGGGGAAGCACCGUCUCACAAAGGCCUGGUUCGGACCGGGUUGUGUUUCCAGGCGCCGUCAAUAGCGAAUUCACAUCCGACAUGUCCUUCGUUACAGCUAAAGACCUCCCCGCUAUUCCUACAUACCGAGUGAUGAACUCAGACGGCGAGAUGGUCGAUAAGACAAGGGGUCAUCCUAAUGUUUCGGACGAAGAGGUUUUGACAUGGUACAAGAAUAUGCUGCAAGUGAGCAUCAUGGAUACGAUCAUGUUCGAUGCACACCGCCAGGGUCGUGUUAGCUUCUACAUGGUUUCACAAGGUGAAGAGGGCAUCUCUAUCGGCUCCGCGGCAGCUUUGACCCCGGAUGAUGUGGCUUUCUCUCAAUAUCGCGAGGCUGGUGUUUAUCAGCAGCGUGGAUUUACUCUCAAGGACUUUAUGAGUCAGCUCUUUGCCAAUUGCAACGACAAUGGCAAGGGUAGGAAUAUGCCCGUCCAUUAUGGCCAAAAAUACCCUCGCAUCAUUACCGUCUCCUCUCCCCUGGCCACCCAGAUUCCUCAAGCCUCAGGAGCCGCAUAUGCUUUGAAAUUGAAAGAUCUUCAGAACCCCAAUCAAGCCCCUCGGGUAGUGGCUUGCUAUCUCGGUGAGGGUGCAGCUAGCGAAGGUGACUUCCACGCAGGACUUAAUAUUGCCGCUACACGUUCGUGCCCUGUCAUUUUUGUCGUCCGAAACAACGGAUAUGCCAUUUCUACGCCAACAAUAGAACAGUACCGUGGCGAUGGUAUUGCUAGUCGUGGUGUCGGAUACGGAAUGGACACAAUCCGAGUCGAUGGCAACGAUGUAUUCGCCAUGUACGAAGCUAUGACCGAAGCUCGAAGACGCGCCCUUAGUGACGGCUGCCAACCAGUCCUGAUUGAAGCGAUGAGCUACCGUGUAUCGCACCAUAGCACGAGCGAUGACAGCUUCGCCUACCGCGCACGCGUCGAAGUAGAGGAUUGGAAGCGCCGUGAUAAUCCUAUCAUCCGGCUACGCAAGUGGCUCGAGAACAAGGGGAUCUGGAAUGAAGACAUGGAGAAGGAGACGCGCGACUCUAUGCGCCAAGCUGUGCUGAAGGAGUUUAAAGAAGCGGAGCGUCUGAAGAAGCCGCCGAUUCGAGAGGCAUUCACCGAUGUCUACGAGGAAAUUACAGAGGAGGCGCAAGAGCAGAUGAAGGAACUCAAACGGAUUAUCGAGACAUAUCCAGAUGAGUAUGAUCUGCAGCCAUACAAGGAUGGGUUGAAGGGCUUGGAAUAG